GACGCCAGUGAUCAAAAGAACAAACACACUAACUUUAUAUAAAUCACCCAGAUAUUCAUGUAGAUGUGAAUGACAUUAUCUUUAAAUAUGAUUGUCAAUUUCAGAAAGUUAUUUCCUUCAUUUAGAAAGAUAUCUGAGUGUUCAAGAACAUUUAGUAAUGUGAAAAAUGAUUUAAAGACAGAAUAUGAUGCUGUUAUAGUUGGUGCAGGACAUAAUGGACUUGUUACAGCUGCAUACCUACAGAAAUCUGGUAAGAAUGUGUGUGUGUUAGAAAGAAGACAUGUGAUUGGUGGAGCUGCUGUCACAGAAGAAAUUGUUCCAGGUUUUAAGUUUUCAAGAGCAUCUUAUGUGUUGAGUUUAUUGAGACCACAAAUAAUAUCAGAUUUAGAGCUGAAGAAAUAUGGACUAAAAGUUUACCUGCGAGAUCCUAAUUCCUAUACACCUCUUAUAAAACCUGGUGGAUUAAAUGGACAAGCUAAAUCCCUUCUACUUGGAAGAGACACAGAAGAGAAUGUCAGACAGAUAGCCCAGUUCUCUAAAAAAGAUGCAGAAAUGUUUGUGCAAUAUGAACAUAUGUUAGAGAGAAUUGUAGCUGCCAUUGAGCCUUUAUUAGACUCAAAUCCAGUAUAUUUACCUCAUGUCCUGUCGUCUGCUACUUUCAAAGAAAAAUUGUCACAGUUGCCAUCAUUGAAGUCACUGAUCCAAUCAGUACCUUCUGAAGAAAACGAUGUUGCAGCAUUUACAGAAUUGAUGACAGCACCAACAACAAAGAUUUUAGAUAAAUGGUUUGAAUCUGAGCCACUAAAGGCAACAUUAGCUACAGACUCUGUGAUUGGUGCAAUGAUUAGUCCAAAAACACCUGGAAGUGGGUAUGUAUUGUUACAUCAUGUAAUGGGAGAAUUGGAAGGAAUAAAAGGAGCUUGGGGCUAUGUAGAAGGAGGAAUGGGAUCAGUAUCACAAGCCAUUGCAAACUGUGCUACAGAUCAUGGAGCAUCAGUCUUCACCAAUAAACCUGUGUCCAGCAUUAUUGUAGAGAACAAUGAAGCAAGAGGAGUGAUGUUGGAGGAUGGAACAGAAAUAAAAGCAAAAGCUGUUCUGUCAAAUGCAACACCCAAAGUCACCUUUUUAGAUUUAUUACCACAGGGCAGCUUACCACAGGAUAUAGAAUUAGAUGUUAGGAGUAUCUCUUAUGAAUCACCAGUCACAAAAAUUAAUGUUGCAGUAAAAGAACUUCCAAACUUCCUGGCAGACCCUAACAGACAGAAAGGGGAGGUAAUGCCACAUCACCGAGCUACAAUACAUCUUAACUGUGAACAUUCAGACUUAAUCCACGAUGCCUAUUUAGAUGCACAGCGAGGAACAUUUUCAAAGAGUCCAAUGAUAGAAAUGGUAAUACCAAGUAGUUUAGAUCCAACUUUAGCACCACCAGGUAGCCAUGUUUGUUUGCUGUUUACACAAUACACACCAUAUGAUUUACGUGAUGGUCAGUGGGAUGAUGCUACCAGGAAUCUGUAUGCUGAUACAGUUUUUGACAUCAUUGAGUCUUAUGCUCCUGGAUUCAAAGACAGCGUAGUAGGAAGAGAUAUACUAACACCACCUGAUAUAGAGAAAAUAUUUGGUUUAACAGGAGGGAACAUAUUUCAUGGAUCCAUGUCACUGGAUCAGUUGUACACCUCUCGUCCAAUCACAAAACUGAGUAAUUAUAAAUGUCCAAUCAAAGGCUUGUAUCUCUGUGGAUCUGGUGCCCACCCAGGUGGUGGUGUAAUGGGUGUACCAGGUAGACAAGCAGCACUAGUGGCUUUAAAAGAUCUUAAAUAAUUCGCACAAAAAAUAGAAAUUUGAUUAUGUUAGUAAACGUGAUAUUAAUGUCUUUCCUAGAACAUUUUAAAAUUCUAAACGAAGUCAUGAAAAUUAUGCAGUACUCAGGUUGUUACACCAUAAAACCUGCAUUCGCUAACCAAAUUUUUUAAUAUUUUUGUUUAAAAAAUGUCAUGUGAUAACACUGAAGAUGGUAUGAUGAAAUUUAAGAUGAAUUUCAUGUAAAAUCACAUCAGUGAAGCUGUUUCACAGAACCAAUGAGUUUACUACCUAACAGUUCAAAAUAAAAAUCAUUUUGAGCUGACUGAUUGCAUAAAAGUUGGUUAACACAUUUAUUGUUUAUAGUGUAAUAAAUAAGCUAUUUGGUUGUGAAAUUUUUUUUUUCUUAACAUUCCUGUGACUUUGAGACGAUUAUUAUUAUGUACUUUAAAUAUAUUUUAUACAAUAUUUUUGUGUAUCAUUUACAAAUAAGAAAAUUGUGUAUAUUUACAAUUGCAAUUUACAGCUGUGAAAUCCAUAUUGUUCUCUUAUAAUGUACCACAUGUAUAAAAUCUCAACAUGAUGAGACUCAUUUACAGCAAUAUAAUGUGUUUAAAGGCUGAGUCAGAAUUGUCUAGUAUUAAAUUGUCUGUUUUGA